AUGGCAGUGGUUUCUGCUGCAAAGAGUGACUUGAAAAUCGAGAAACGGCGACUUGCAGAGGUCACUUUAGCUGAGUCGACACCUUAUGUCGUCACCGUUUUUAUGCCGGAGGAAACACCGGCGAAAAAGGCGGCAAUCAUACGGAAAAUAGCCGCGCUACAAUUCACCGACUUUCGUCGUCGCAUGUCUGCCGCAGGAGGGCGGAGGAACAAAAAGAAGCGGUCCGUCCCCAUCGGCAGUGACGACCGCCUCCACGCCUCCUACACACUUAUGUUCAUCUGCGGAGACCGAGUCUCAGCCGGACCGGGUUUCCUCAAUCCCGCAAAAUCUGGACGUAACCAUGAUAAGGAGUGGCGUCACGUUUAA